UGCAUUUUAGACAUUGGUUUUGAAAUUUUAUGAAUUAUUUUGUAUAUAUUUUGUUUCUUUUUGUGUAUAAACGGAGCCCAAUUAAGGCGUUUACUUAUAUCCUCAAAUCAGCGUUACGAAUUGAGUUAAAGCUUUGAAGCAACAAAAAGCAUUGACACGACAGGAACAUCUCUGGAAAUUAUAAAGGAUGCCUCCUGUUAAACUCAACAAAGGUCUAACAGUCAGACACAGGACCACAUUCACGAGCGAACAGCUCGUUGCCAUGGAAGCUGCAUUUCGAAGCGCACCCUAUCCGGAAGUCAGUGUCAGAGAGGAGCUUGCUAAGCGUCUAGGUUUAGAGGAAACUCGAGUACAGAUCUGGUUCCAAAACAGAAGAGCGAAAUGGAGGAAAGGCCUUCCGCCAAGAUUUGUGUUUAACCAAGAAGCACUAAGAGGAGAUGACAAAAAGAUGGAUAACAUAAAUAGUUGUGUGCGCCAGUCUUGUGAUAUUCCGGACAGAGUAAAAAGUGAGGACAAACCCCCGUACAUGCCGUUUUCAACAUGGAACCAUCCAUACACGUCAGCCAUGUUUAAUCACAUGAGAGUUACAAAUUAUCCACGUGAUAUAAUCUGGUUCCCGGCAGUUCCACUAAUAAAUGUGUAUCCCCAAAUACCGAAUGACGGAUUGAAGGCAAGCAUAGGUGGAGAGAAUGAAAAUGGGAAACAAGUUACUUGAAAGACUGCAAAUUUCAUUACAGACAAUGCAGUACGGAUAAUGUACUUUUGGAGCAGCACGUAACAUAAUGUGAAUGUCCUUUCACUGUAUUCUAAUAAAGGAUAAUUUGAACGACGAAUUCUGCUUCAUGCCACGCCAAGAAAUCAUAUUCCUCCUCUAAAUGUUGAACAAUAGAACUCAUUUGUGUAGCUUAAUAACCUAUUCAGCUGAAAAAUAGAACUCCUUUUUUGUAACUCAAGAACCUCUUCAGCUGAAAAAUAAAAAUAGAACAUAUUUGUCCAAUGUUGGUUGACACAAAGAAACGUCAGAAAUAAUCUUCAACUAUUACCAGAAUUACAUCAUGUGAUGUAGCUAGAAUAACUUUUAUUAAUGUUAAUUGAUCACCAAACUAACGUUUUAUUAUAGAUCAAAGGCUUGAAAGCUGCACUUACACAGAUUUACCGUUUUGACAACUUUUUUGUUGUUUUGGAACGAGCCAAUUUUUGCGUUAAUAUCUGCAAACUAGUAAUGUAAGACUGCGGACAACAGAUCAGAUCGGAUACUUGAAUAUGUUCGUUCGAAAUUUAAUGUUUUGUAGAUAAAAGCGUUACUAACUGUUUAAGAAAAAUGCAUAGAACAUCAAAUUUUAAACUUUGAUAUGAAAAUUUGCUAUCUGAUUAUUUGUCAGCAGUCUUAUAUCACUGGUUUCCAUGCGUUUUCGCAAAAAUUGGCUCGCUCCAAGACAAAAAAUAACAAAGUUGUUAAAACGUUCAAUCUGUGAGAGUGCAGCUUUAAAAUAAUUAUGCCGGUGUGGAUACAUUGCAUUUUCGUAGUCUGUCGAAAAUAGAAUGUUUUCAUGUGAAGUCGUACUUUCCAGAGUU